AUUCCAGUACCUUCCAGCCCAAACAGUUGACCCCGUCCUCGCGCUAUGUCUCCGUCCUCGCGCUCCGCGCGGCCGGAUGAUGUGCACUUAGAGCUCAGCGAUGUGGAGCCCAUCAAGUCUUCAGGACGUGAGAUCCCUCGCGAGUUGGAGACGAUUCAAGAGCAGCUGGAGCAAAAAACAGAUUGGAAGCUGCGGCUCUCUGCACUGAAGCACCUCCAGGGCUUGGUGCUGGGCAGCCACGAGGUGCUCCGCCCGGUGCUACCACGUUGCCGUGAGGCGCUACUCAAUCAGGUACAAGACCUUCGUUCCGCCUUGGUGCGCGAGGCGUGUGUGACCAUACAGCUCAUGGCCAGCACCUUCCGUCACGACUUCGACUUCUUCGCUCUGCCCGCGCUGCGGGUGCUUUUGAAGAGCAGCUCGGUGACGAUCCUGAUCAUCGCUGAGAGUUGCCACCAGUGCGCUCUUGCCGUGGUCACCCAUUGCCGGACCGUCAGGGUCUUUCAGGUCUUGCUGGAACAGCUGAAGGUCAAGAAUGGCUCGCAGCGGAAGAAUGCCUUGGAGCUGGUGCUGCUGGCUCUGGAGUGCUACAGCACCACAAGCUUAGAGCGGCACAUCGAGUCUCUACAAGAGGCGCUGCGGGCCGCGUUGGAAGACCCCCAGCAGCCCGUGCGCGAGGCGGCAAGGCGGUGCUACGUGGCCUUUGAAGCCAAGUUCCAGGAGCGCGCCCAGCAGUUCUGCUCCCAGUUGGACGCCCCACGGCAGCGCAUGCUGCGGAAAGAUGCGGAGCGCGCCGCAGGAGGGUGCACAGCAGGAGAGUCGGCUCCCCAGAAAACAAGAGAGCCCAGCCGUGAGCCGCGCGCUGAGCCGCGCGCGCAGCGCGCGCAUCGACUACAAUGGGCCCAAGCGAUGAAGAGCGGCAACGGCGAGGAGAACGUGGAAGGCCCCAACCAGGACUCUUCUCCUGACCGCUCCGAACCUUUGGCUGAGCCUCCCUUGGAAGAGGAGAGCCCGGUCGAGGAGCGCGCAGAGAUCCUUCCGGCCCAGGAACACUCCAUCGCCGAGGUCGACCAGGCGGACAAGGGCGAGCCGAAGAAGAGUUGCCCUCCGCAGGUUCCAGCGGAAGAGUUGCUUUGGGAAAUCCUUCAAGGCUCGAACUCCUUGGAGCCCUUCCUUGCGCGGAUCUCCGCCGAGGUUUUGGCACAUCAAAGAGAGCUGCUGCGGCAACUGGGCACCGUGCUGGCUGGUGAAGUGAAGGAGCCCGACCUCCGCCCCCGCGCGUUGAAGCUCCUGGAAGCACUGGCACAGCACAGGCUUCCAGCCUUGAAGGGCGCGAGCCUCACGGAGCUGCUGCAGCAGCUGAUCCGAGUUUGUGGUGCCUGGCCUUUGCUGCAAGCUAAGCCCUUGAACAGCGGCGGUAGUGGCGCUGGCCUCCAGCGUGCAGCGCUGAGGACGCUACGCACGCUCUACCGCUCAGAAAACCAAGUCUUUCGCGACGCGGCUGGCGACCUGUAUCCGGCGGCCUUUAAAGCCUUGACCGCGCUCUUGCCGGAGCUGGCUGCAUCGCCGGUACCGGCAGUACCUGCAGUGCCUGCGCCCGUACUUCCGGCAGAGAAAGAAGGGCAGCGCGCCUUGGUCAUGGCGUUGAAUGGAUUGACCUCCUCCUGUAGCCAGGCACGCAGUGCGGCGCUGGACGCCCUGGAAGAGUUGCUGCAAAGCUUUCCCCAGACGACGGACUUCGCCGAGGUCUUGGCCUCCAAGCUCUUCCAGCGACACACUUGCGCUCAUCAGAGCCUUGGUCAGAGCGAGGAGCUGCGCAAGAUCCGCCGUCUUCUGGAGCGAUUGCUGAGUGCUCUGGAACCACUUCGUGCCAUGGAAAUCCUCCUACCUUUGGUCGCCGAGCCCGGUGCGUCGGGCUCCGCGGCGCUGCAGCUGCUGCCGCUCAGCGUGCGGCGCCUGGUGGCGAGGCAAGCGCUGGACCAUUUGGUCUUGAUCCUUCCUGCUCUCAGCAAUGCUUUGUCCUGUGAUGUGGCAGAGACACGUAAAGCGGCGAUCUUCUGCUUGGUGGACCUGUACUUGUCCGUGGGCGAGGAGGCCAUGGCUUUUUUCGAGAAGGAACUAAGCCCCAGCCAGCAGAAGUUGGUCGCCCUGUAUGCAGAGCGACAACGGUGUGCCAUCAGCGAAAGUUAUGAGAAAGAGGAGUGCAAGGUUGGGGUUUUUGGGGUUUUGACCCCUCCAAGCACAUGUUGAAGCUGCCAAUCCGGCAGUCGUGUGCUUCACGGAUCGUGUGUACCGGCAGACGGGAGAUGCACCAGGUGGACGGAGGUUGGUGAUUAUGUGGC